AUGAAGUUUGGACAGCACCUUGCCCAGUCCAUUCAGCCGGAAUGGUCCUUCAACUAUAUCUCGUACGACGAGCUGAAGAACGUCGUCAAGUCACGAACCGCCACACAGCUCUGGACAGAGACCGAUGAGGGCUAUUUCGUGGAGCUGCUCGAGCGUGAGCUGGAGAAGGUCUACAGCUUCCAGAAUGUCAAGAUCGGAGAGAUCCAGCGCAAGCUGUCGUACUACAAUACCCAGGCCCAGGACUUCAAGAAGAACGGAGCCCAAGAAGAGACCUGGCGGGCACUCGAGAUCGAGCUCUACCGCCUUGUGGCCGAAGUCGAUGUUAUGGCCAAGUACACCCGUCUUAACUACACUGGCUUCCUCAAGAUCGUCAAGAAGCACGAUAAACAAACUGGAUGGAUGCUCAAGUCCAUCUUCCAUGUCCGCCUCAACACCAAGCCGUUUCACAAGGAGAACUAUGAUGCGGUCAUUGUGCGCCUGUCGGCAAUUUACCACAUUGUCACCGCCAGAGGUCAAAAGUUGAAGGGCGACAAUCAGUUCUCCAACUGGGACUCGAGCGCGUUCGUGCGUGAUACGACCAAGUACUGGGUUCACCCCGACAACAUCACGGAGGUCAAGCUGGUGAUCAUGAAGCACCUGCCCGUGCUGGUCUUCAACACCAAGAAGGAGUAUGAGGAAAACGACUCGGCCAUCUCCUCCGUUUAUGUCGACAACGAGAGUUUCGAGUGUUAUCAGGGGCGUCUCGAGAAGACUGACAUGGCCCAGGCUAUCCGCAUUCGUUGGUAUGGACCGACCCCCACCGACAAUGGCCAGUGCUUCCUGGAGAGGAAGGUCCAUCGCGAGAAGUGGACUGGCGAGCAGAGUGUCAAGGAGCGCUUCCCUAUCAAGACAAAGUACAUCAACCCAUACCUCACCGGAGACUACACCAUGGACGUCAAGUUCGCAAAGCUCCGUGCCCGUGGCCAAAAGUCUGUCAAGGAUGUCGAACUGAUGCAGAAGCUCGCCAACGAGGUUCAGACGAGCAUCGUCGGCAAGUCGAUGCGUCCCACUAUUCGCGCCUUCUACCGCCGCACUGCCUUCCAGCUCCAUAACGAUGCCCGUGUGCGCAUCUCUCUUGAUACAGAGCUGGCCCUUAUUCGUGAGGACGACUUUGGCGGCAGGGCCCGUGCUGGCACUAACUGGAAGCGUGACGACAUUGGCAUUGACUGGCCCUUCAAGCAGCUCCCUGCCGAGGAUAUCACCCGUUUCCCCUACGCUGUCCUGGAGGUCAAGCUACAGACUCACCAUGGCCAGGAGCCUCCAGCCUGGAUUGUCGAGUUGAUCAACUCUCAUUUGGUCGAGUCCUGCCCCCGCUUCUCCAAGUAUAUUCACGGUGUUGCCACCCUUUUGGAGGACAAGAUUCAGAUCCUUCCCUUCUGGCUGCCUCAGAUGGAUCAGGAUAUCCGCAAGCCUCCCAAUACUGACUUUGGCUUGACUACCUUCUUGCCCAACGCCUGGCCUGUGGGAACACCCCAGAUCGGAUUGCGCCCACCACUUGCGCCCCGUCCUAUGAUCGAGGGUAGCUCGGAGAUCACGAUAAAGGGCGCCAAGUCGCUCUCAGAGUUCGAGCCCAAGAAGCCCAAGACAAUGGACAAGGCCACGUACCAGCAAAAGAUGGCGGAGAAGGCUGCUGCGAACCGUCGUCCCGGCAACACCGAAAACAACUUUUACAACCAGCCUAUGGUCAUGGCGGGCUCGAAGACAAGCGUGACGGGCUCGCAUCCUCUUCGUUCUUCGACUGUGCCCAAGCGUGCCUCUGCGCCCGUCAGGAUGGAGCCCAAGGUCUUCUUUGCCAAUGAGCGUACUUUCCUGAAUUGGCUGCAGUUCUCUGUCCUUCUUGGAUCGAUCUCGUUGACGCUGCUCAACUUCGGUAACUACAUGACUCGUGUAUGCGGUGCCGUAUUGACAGUCAUUACGCUGUUGGCGAUGUUGUACGCACUCGGAAUUUUCCAUGUUCGUCUGUCGAACAUUUUGUCGACCAAGCCCAACCGCCAGUUCCACGACCGCUGGGGACCCACGGUUCUGUGCGUGUUCUUGUUCGGUGCUUACUUCCUGAACUUCUACGGUACGUCUCGUUAA